AUGCGACAUAUGACGGCGGCUAUAUUUCCAUGGAGGGUGACGGCCGUCGACGUCUCCACUGGAUCGACCAGCUCCACUAGCAAGGAGAACUUGGACCACAAGAUGCAUCCACAAGGAGAGGUUGACUUCACGACUUCAGCAAAUUCACCCACAUCGCAAAGGCUGCUCAUGGGCCUCUCGCUGGUCAGUGCCUCGCGGGGAGUGGAGCCUCAAGGAGACGACGGCAUUGAGCAACCCUGGAGCGCAUUGGACGACAAGCCAGGGACGGACUACAGACCGACACCACCCAUGGACAAGUUUGACGAAUGGUCAAUUGCGCUACGACGCAGCAAGGGGGGCGGCGACGGCACGGGUACGGCGAAUGUCGCAAUAUGCUGGCCGGGCGAAAUCAAACGGAUAGGGACGCACAUUCGAGCAUCAGUCAGAAUUGGCCGCCUCCCGGAGCCCGUCACGCCGCACAUCUGGAAUGCAAGCCGAGUCGAGAACCGGUUCUGCAGGCUCUGCAGCGAGGUGCAACACUAG